GUCACUGUCACGAAGCAUAUUAGGAUAGUAAGUGGGUGUUUCUGUAUUUUAUAUUAUCUAUAUUUCGUUCCGCUAUUCGCGGGUAAGUUAUAAUAGAAAGUUGGACUGACCACGUAAGUAAUGUUCACACACAGUCAUUAGCGAUUGUUGCGUUAAGACGUGUGUCAUUUUGAGAAGGCCGAAAACCAGAUAGAGUCAUCGUGACCACCUAUGCAACAGAAUGUCUGGUUCCAACUCGGAGAGAUAUGGCCUAAGGUGGAUUUUUGAUAAGACAACCAACUAAACAAAUACAUGAUCUGUGACUUAUUACCGCGAUGGCUGAUCAGGAUGAGCAGUACGAAAUGUCUUGGAUUCUACAUCAUAUCCUUGACAGAUUUAUAGGGAGCCCAGAGAUAGUGGAAACGAGGAGGUGGCGGACGCUUCAGAAUGAACUAAUACUAAAUGGUAGGACACAAGGACUUGGAUUGCCAAGUAGAACGUUUUACACGGGAAGUCAGUCCGAGGGAUUUAAUAUGGAAAGCUCAGACAUAGAUACAAUGGCGAUUGACAAUAACGUGAUAGUUUUGUGUCCCCUCAAGGAUUCCAGUAUUCCACAGGACAGCAAAGAUAAAACAGUUUUCAUGAUGAGAGAUGCUGACAGCCGACCUGGUUACGUGAACCUUGAACUAGUUAAUCUGGUACCGACAUGCAAUAAGGAGAUCGACCAAUCAAUCGUUGGAGAUAGAAAUGCACAUUUCUUAUCAAGUGAAAUGUUUAGACGGAAUUAUGCUGAUGAAUUUAGUAAUAUGACAAAUUCAAUUCUGGAAACACAUGGCCCAGCUGUUACUCUGACGUCUGUACAAAACAAAUUAUAUUGUGAUAAUGAUCUUGUAUUUGCGUUCCAUUGUGCUAGAUGGCCACAUGAAGGUUACGAGUGGGUAAGUCGGCCUCGUCAGCAUAGUUGGCCAGAUAAAGCUUUGAGAGAUGAGAUAGUACAGGGCGGUUGUCAUCUGGUCCCUGUAGGAGACAGAACAUCUGCUGACACAUUCCUACAAUGGCGGAUUUCAUUUGCAACUGCAGAAAGAAAGCUCAUUCAUUCUCUUACUCAUACACAAUUUCUAAUAUAUGGACUUCUCAAGUACUUCCUCAAGCAAAUAUCAGACAGGUUAAAGCAGAUAUUUGGGGAUGAAGAUAUCCUAUCAUCCUAUAUCAUGAAAACAGUAAUAUUUUAUGCUGUGGAAUCCACACCUGGAUCGUUUUGGCAAGAAAAAAACACUUUUUUCUGUUUUAUGCUUUGCUUCAAGAUUUUGAUUGCCUGGGUGAAUGCAGGCUAUUGUCCAAAUUUCUUUAUCAGCAACAACAAUAUGUUCUGUGGUAAAGUUCAGGGUGAAAACCAACAAAAACUCUUUCACAUGCUAAUUGAGCUGUAUGAUACGAAAUGGGAAUGUCUGUCAGUUGGAACAGUCAUACAACAACCUUUAGGGAUCGUAUUGCAAAAUGUGAGGAAUGGAGCGUGGGAAUUGGUACUACGUCCAUCAAUAGAAUCAGAAGUAACAUGUGACAUGGAGAUAUUCUUUGCAGCUUUUAUAUCAGAUAUUUCAUCUGACUUCUUUUCCCGGUCAUUAUCACUCCUAUCUAAAGCACAACUAGGCUCUGAUGAAUUCUUAGCUUACACCACCACAUUACGUGCAAUGUGCUGUAUAGGGAUGGAUACUUUCGAGAAACACAUUCCUGCUAAAGGAAAUAAGGAGAAGUAUAAAUUCCUCCGAAAAUGCAAAAACUUGAUGACACCACUUUCCUCAGUAUGCACGGGUCUACUAACGCUGGCAACAUAUCACUACCAGGUUGGAAACUACACGAAAACACUCGAGAUGUGUACAAUCAUGUUAUCAGCAUUCACAAUAGAUCCCUCUUUCUCUUUGAAUUAUAAGGAAAAAAACAUUUAUGAAAAUCUCUAUUGUGGGCGUGGAUACACCUUGCUACACAAAUGUCAGCAGGUAUGUGUAUCAAAUGUCGAAUUUCCUUGGACUGUUUCACAAUUGUGUCCAUCCCAGUUACACCCAGAGUUAAACAUCAUUAAUUUUGAUGAUGUACUUACUAUCCCUGCACUACCAUAUGCUGUGUUCCUAACAUUCUUAUGUAAUCACGAGCUUAUCGAUACCAGAAGACGUGACGCAGCAUUGAUUCACCUUCGAGCCGUGAAAUAUGAUGAGAAACAAGGAGUUGGUCACUACUGGAUAGUACACAAUCUCUUGGGGAUAUGUUAUGAAAUGGUUGGGGACACACGCAGGGCUCUCAGAGAAUAUAGGGACUCUCUGGACGUUCGGCGAUUUGACCAAUAUAACAACCCUGCCAGAAGAAGGAUAGAACGGUUGCAAAAUGACCAAUGAAGACAUGGGAAUCUUCUUAUAAAACUUGGACUCUACUAGAACAGCCUCUAUGUUAAUAUAAGAGGGUCAGGGGUUAUUAGGUUACAUGACAUCUCUCUGAGCAUAUAUUAGGUUCACCGCACCGUGCCAUGUCGUCCACUAUUGUGUCAUCAUUGAUGCAAAAGGUCAAACUAAUUAAAUUUCCAUGUCUAAAAUCUUUCAAAACAUUCGUAUAAUCACCAAAACAGGAGGGUGUGCCUACACAACUCUUUUUAACAUAACAUGUUGACAACGUUCGGCUUCAACAGAUGAUGUUUCCUUUAAGUAGUAUAUAUUCAAUCAGCCAAUCCCGUGGAUUGAUAGUCAACCAACCACAGUCAGGCUAAAAUGUCUAGUAUAGCUGCCAAAGUCAAUGACACGUUUACGGCAAUAAAACAUGUUUAAACGUAAGUUAUUUGUUUUAAUUAAGAAUGGGUUUAUAGAUUGGAUGUGUAAAUUAUUGUCGUUGUCGUUGGUACGACGAGAACUAUAAAUCAAUUCUUCCACAAAUACAGGCUUGCGUUUUUUUCUUAUUUAUCGUCUUCCAUCUAAGUUGACAAACAACAUUUUCUCCAAUCCUUCACAUGUGUGUCUCCUGUUUUACCGGGAAUGAUCAGCGUGUUACUCCAUAGCAUGUGUUUAAAUGUGACGUCAUAAAAUGUGUCACCGGUAAUUGUAGCGUCAUCAAAAGUGAAUGACGAUAUUCAUACCCCACAAAAAAAAACCGCACAAAAUCCCCCUGAGUGGUCCUGGAUCAAAACCUCAAUGCCGUUCGAUACAGAGACCAGAUCCUCCAACCACAUGUCCUUCCACUUCUCAGACGUCAUAACCUAAUUUGCAAGCAAGACAAUGAUCGACCGCAUGUUGCCAGAGUCUGCCGUGAUUUUCUGAUGGCAAAGAACGUUCAGCCUCUGGAAUGACCCCCAUAUAGCCCCGACAUGAC